GCGCACAAGACGCAGGCGCCUCCGGAGCCUCGAGCAGCCAGCAAAUCUGGCGGGCCAUGCUCGACGAGGUGGGCCUGAAGCAGGCAAACGUGCGCCUGGCGCAGGAGGCGCGCGACUUCUUCGUGCCGGCGCCGUCGGGCGACGACAACACGGCCGCCGCGGCGUGGCCGCCCGUGCUGCCCGGCCCGCCGACUGCCCUGGAGUUUGCCCGUCUAAUUGGGCGCAGCGUGCCCGUCCUCAUCAAUGGCGCGCUCGACGACCGGCUGCGAGCAUGGCACUCGACCUCGCACCUCGCAUCGCGCCUCGGCACCGCCACGUUUGCAGUGGCCCUGACGCCGGACGGGCGGGCAGACGACGUGGUCAGGCUUGAGGAUGGCCGGCAUGUCUUUGCUCUGCCGCACGAAGAGCAGAUGGACUUCGCCGCUCUGCUGCGGGCGCUGCACCCCACCAGCGCCAGUGCUCCCGUCGCGUACCUGCAGAGCCAGAACAGCAACCUCACGGCCGAGUCGUCGCUCGAGCCGCUCUACGUCGACCUGCUCGGCAGCACAGGCUCGCUGCCCUUCGCCUGGGCCCACGAGGCACUGGGCAAGGAAGCCGAGGCGGUCAACGUGUGGAUCGGCACGCAGCGCUCGCGCACGAGCAUGCACCGCGACCACUACGAGAACCUCUUCCACGUCGUCCGCGGCGAGAAGACGUUCAUCCUGUAUCCGCCCACCGAGCGCUUCUUCCUCUGCGAGGGCGAGCCGCUCGCGGUGCAUCAGUGGCGUCCCUCCCACACAGACGCUGGCCGCGGCUUCAAGCUCAAGGAGGCUCAGGGCAUGCCUCAGACUCCCUGGGUCAUGGUCGAUGCGUUCUCGCCGCCCUCAUCGCCCAGGAACGCCGCGCAGGCUCGCUUCGCGCACGCGCUUCCGCCACUGCGUGUACGCGUGCGCGCCGGGCAGACCUUCUACCUGCCGGCAGGCUGGUACCACGCAGUGGCGCAGCAAGAGGACGAUGGAGGGGCCGAGGGCCCGGGCGCCGGUCUGUGCAUCUGCUUCAACCUGUGGUACGAGAGCGACGCUGCGUUCACUGACCGCUGGGCCCUGAGUCAGUUCCUGCAGGAGCUGGGCGAGCGGUCCGCAGGCACCUACUGCGAUGAAUGACGCUCGACUCUUGCGCCCGCUCGUAACAGUUGUUGUGAUGCUCGGGCGCUGGACCCGGUCGCAGGGCGGAUGUUGACCCCUUCCCUAUCCUCCUGCACGCACGCAUGCCGCGGACGUAGCUGUGUCCCGCUCAGGGCUCUGCGCCCAGCAUAUGCGCGGCGAACGUGUGCGCCCGACAAUUGCCGUGCAGCCUGGCAGAUAUUCCGUGCGCGCUGCGUGAUGCACACGCUGCAGCAUUUCGACGCCCUGUGGCGGUCCGCGCGUCUUUUUCGCCUCUAAGCGC